UACCUCAGUACUUCCCCCGAACUACUACAAAGCCAGUUGGCUAAAGAGGUGGCUUCUCCAUCUGCUUCGACUGUCCCGCCCUCCCCGACUUCCUCCACGUCCCAUACCCCACUCAGCAGCGAUGGCCCUCCGUCAGCACUGCAUCCCCGGGUUGCUGUCAUCCUCGGAGUAGACCGCAGGUGGUAUAUUCCCCUGCUGGUAUGUCGGGCUCUGAGCACACUUCCUGCUGGUUGGUGGGGUUUGCGAUGCGCCUUUACCUUCCUCGCCGAGUUGCUGCAUAUAAGGCCGGGCAUGGGACGAGAGGGGUGGGCGGCGGCGAUUGUUGGUAGUGUUGGACAGGAAUGGGAUGUCGAGAGGAGGUUCCGGGUGACGGAGGUGGCAUUAGCUAUUAUGUGGUGCUGUGCAUCCGCGUAUCUUUCUUAUUUCUUUGCUGAUUGCAUGAUGUCUCGAUGGCUUCUAAACUAUACUCCACCAGCUGUUGUGAUCCGUCUGCUAACAACUAACGGCCUGAUUGCAUAUAUCACUUCUUGGGUCCUUUAUCUAUCUGGUGCAUCCUCUGACCCGCGACUCCUGUUGCCAGCCUGGAUCUCCAUAACAACCUCUUUAACCUUUGUCUAUCAUGCAACACAAAACCAUGCAACCAUCAAACGAGAAACAGCAGCAUCGCUACUAGUCGUUUCCGUCGCAAGCUUCCUAAGCAUGUCUUCACUCCUCAUGCAGCUGCAUCUGACCCGUGAAAACGAACCAGAAGUACCUGUCUUCGUCAUCACCCGCAAACUUUGGGACUGGGCUGUGGCCAUCUUCCUGCGCAUGCGAGUUGCGGAUGAUCGUAUUGCUGUCGGAGAGCUGUAG